UUGUGGAAACCCACUUAUACCCACUUGUGGAACCCCACUCCUUUCACUGACAUUAUGGUCAACUCCUGUUGUGGCUCCGUCUGCUCUGACCAGGGCUGUGGCCAGGAGACCUGCUGCCGCCCCACCUGCUGCCAGACCACCUGCUGCAGGACCACCUGCUGUCGCCCCAGCUGCUGUGGGUCCAGCUGCUGCCACCCUUCCUGCGGUGGCUCCAGCUGCUGUGGCUCCAGCUGCUGCCGCCCCUCCUGCUGCACCUCUAGCUGCUGCCGCCCCACCUGCUGCCAGACCACCUGCUGCCAGACCACCUGCUGCCGCCCCAGCUGCUGUGUGUCCAGCUGCUGCCACCCCUCCUGCGGUGGCUCCAGCUGUGGCUCCAGCUGCUGCCGCCCCUCCUGCUGCAUCUCUAGCUGCUGCCGUCCCUCCUGCGGUGGUUCCAGCUGCUGUGGCUCCAGCUGCUGUCAGCCCUCCUGCUGCUGCCCCUCCUGCUGCCUGCGCCCAGUCUGUGGCCGGGUCUCCUGCCACACUACCUGCUAUCGCCCCACCUGUGUCAUCUCCACCUGCCCCCGCCCCAUGUGCUGUGCCUCCUCUUGCUGCUGAGCCCCCUGUCCUCUGACCACCAUAUCGAUUUACCUCUGCCCCUCAGAUAUAGAUUGUCCUUGUGCUGACCAUUAGAACACAUGAAGUGGGGUUAAUGUUGAUCAACUGAGUUGGGUCUCGUGAUUCCAAUGAGUCCAUCACAGUCCCACUGACACUGUGAGCACAUUCAGGCCUCAGUCCAAAUUCUACUUCUGCACCUCUCUCUCUUUCAUCCAACUGUGAAUUUUCUUCCAACAUACCAACUGUUGUAUUGACCAAUUGGCCCCAAAUUCUCCUUAACUUUGGGGCACCAGCUUAUCAAGCUCAAGGAGCUGAAGUUUGAUUUCAGUAUUUCUACAUUACAGAUUUUUAUAAUCUCUCUCUUAUUUGUCCCGUGGAUUCCCUUUUGUAAUUCUUAUUCCCCAAAUUUUCCUAUGUUAGAACUCUAUGCCAAAAUAAACCACCACUUUCCCGUAUGAAAA